CCCAAGGCCAAAGUGCUUGUCCUCUUGGGGAGUGACCCAAUUUGAAUCUUUCUCCAUUACUCCAUUCACUUUUCUGAACUCAUUCGUCAUGAAACACAUCGGGUCGCAGUCAGAGUUCAACAGUCAGCUUACCGCAGCGGGGUCGAGACUGGUGGUCGUGGACUUCUUUGCGACAUGGUGUGGUCCUUGCAAAACCCUUGCCCCUGUGCUCGAGGGUCUCGAGAAGAAACAUACCUCUACGAUUUUUGCAAAAGUCGAUGUCGACCAGGCAAAGGAUUGCGCAGAAACGUACGAAGUCACCGCCAUGCCAACAAUUGUUUUUUUCAAGAGCAAGUCAGAGGUUGGACGUGUAGUAGGCGUCAAUAUGAACCAGAUCCAAGCACUGAUCAAAGAACAUGAGGGUGGGGACGCCUUCAGUGGUGUCGGGCAGACAUUGGGCGGCAGCAGUAGUAGUACUACCGGCAGUGGCAGCAACGCCUCGAUGUCAACUAGCACCAAAACUGUGGAGGGACCAGGCGGUAGCUGUCAGAUCCAAGUACGACUCAUAGAUGGAUCAACCAUUCGGGGAUCCUUCGAGCCCACACACACGCUGCAGCAGGUGCGUGACUUUAUACAGGCAAAUUUGGAUGCCAGGGGAGUGCAAGUACCAGGAUUCCUGAUGAUGACUAGUUUUCCCAGAGUCGUUUUUGAGAAUGACACCUUAAUGCACACGCUGCAAGAAGCCGAGCUCACCCCGCGUGCGCUGCUCAUUGUCAAAGCAGCUUAAAAGUUGGCAUGGACAAAACUGACAGCCGUAAUUGAAGUGAAUAAAGUCGAUGUACCUUCUCUCGUAA